AUGCUAGCCAUCAGAAAAAUUUCCAAAAGAGAUCUUGCUGCUGCCUUCUCAGCUGUAUUCACCUCACCUGGAUCUCGCCAUGUAAAUGAAAGCAAAUCAUCCACCAUGGUUCCAAGUGUCUAUAAGAACCUGGUUCCCAAGCCUGUACCACCUCCAUCCAAGGCCAGUAGGUGGAAAGCUAACAGAAUGAAACACAAAUCAGGAUCCCUUUCCUCUAGCCGAGAGUCUGCUUUUAGCAGUCCAAUCUCUGUUAGCAAACCAGUAGUACUGGCCGGUGGUAUAGUUUUAAGUUCUCCCAAAAAGAGCCCUGCCAGCACCACUGCUCCGACUGAGAUCAGCUCCUCUCGUCUGACCAAGCUGACCCGCCGAACUACUGACAGGAAGAGUAGUCCGGAAGCCUCAGAGGAUGACGCGAAUGGAGACUUCUCAGAGAGCAGAGCCUGUGACAGGUCAGAAGGUUCGGAGGACAACCGCACACCCGAGCCAAAGGAAAAUGGAGGGGAAGGCUGUCAUCAGAAUGGUCUUGCUCUCCCUGGACAAGCGGAAGGGGAGGUUCUCUCUCACUCUCUGGAACCAGAGCACAGGUUACUGAACGCAAUGGGAUGGCAGGAAUCUUCUGAAAAUGAUGAGAACUGCCUUUCCCUCACAGACGAUGAGCUCAAAGUUCCACAAGAAGACAGAGCAGCUGAGAAGAAAUGA